CUUUUUUUUUUUUUCUUUUUUUUCCGCAAUCUUCAAUCUUAUGGCACAAGAAAACAUGAGCGAAACUUCGUCAUCCGUGGGCGGCGAUGAUUACUAUGCAUUCAUCUCAGACACUGAGGACGUCGACCAGGCCGAGCUCGAGCUUGAUGAGGCGCUCAACGAGUCUGUCAGCGUCGUUGUAAUUGAUCAACAAGAGUUGGGCAAGGCUAUUGCAGCUGCCAUCCGCGUGGGCAACUUUAUGCACAAGGCAUCGGUGCUGUCUGGACUUGCAUGCUUGGGCACCGGCUUGCUAUCGCGGUGGCUCCGAUUGAACUUUUGGGGUCUGACCUUGCCGGCCGGCGUUAUCAGCGUGACCUGUGCGCUGUUCUACGAUCUUUCAUGGAGGACAGAUCCUUGCUGCAAGUACCAGGUCGACUGGAAUGGACUCGAGUUUCAAAACAUUCCCCUGGAACGACUACAAUCAACAAACCCGGUAGUGCUGGUGCGACGAGACGAUACUAUCCGCAAACGCCUUCACAACAUUGUGUCGUUCUCGUCGGCCGUAUUUUGUGGUGCACGUCUCUUCCAAGCAGUCCGUGCUCGGAAGUAGCGUGUGUUGAUUGUGCUGAUCCUUUGUUUUUGUUGUUGAUUUUUUUUUUUGUUGUUGUUGUUGAUGUUUUUGUUGUUGUUGUUUUUGUUUCCAUUGUAGACUGAAUGGAUGUGCCUGUCUGUCUGUCGUGCUGCCAUCCCUUCUGUUUGCCGUUCCGAUGGCCUCUAUUUUUCAUUUUUCAAAAUGCACCAAUGUACUCCAAUGAUUAUUGUCGCCCA